AUGCCGAAAUUUUCGGUGGCCACGUGGUUGCGGCGGGAGAUGGACGACGCGACGUUCAUUGCGCAUCGGCGGAAUUCGGCUGAUGGACGAGUGGGCAGCAGCAAAAAAGUGGUCGUCGUGGCGAACAAGGAACGCCGCUUCUCCUCGCAACAGCGCCAACAGCACGGCCACACUGUCACCGGCAUCCAGCCGAAGAAACAAAUGCCGGCCGUCGACGCGCCGCCAAAAUAUGAGGACUUGGCGCCGAGGGUGGGCCGCCCCGUCAAGAGCACCACUUGUACAAUUCUG